CGCCAAUGAAGUCGGGAAGGUGGGAUCCAAAGAAUUAGACCCGUAAUACACCGAAUAAAAAGCUUUGAAACUCAGAGUUGAAGUUAUGGGUAAACCUCAUGAGUAACAAUGGGUAUAGCAACCAAGAUGACAUCAGUAAACCCAAGAGCUACUGGAGAUGUUCAAGUAUCAAGAGAUAAGUCCUUUAUUAAGACAGUCCUCCAUCCUGGUACUGGAUUGCUACGACCCAAUGAAGGAGCUAUGUGUGUAGUCUGCAUCACUAAGCCAGAUGGUGAUAUUACAGACGAUGAGGCAUUACUUGGUUACCCAGUGGGAGAUGAAAUAACAAUCAAGCUUGGUGAUGGCGAGGGAGUAAUGUCUCAUGUUAUAGAUACAUGUGUUGAGAUGAUGCUGCCUGGUGAGACAUGCCAGGUAAAGAUCGCACCGCAAACAAAAUCAUCGCUGCCAAAACUAAACAGUAAAGAAUCUAAUAAACACGACAACUUUGCAAGUAUCAAGCAACCUAUAGUAUAUGAAAUAGCAUUGAAUUCCUUCACACGGGAUAAAGAAAUCUUUGAAAUGAGUACUGAAGACAAGGUGGACAGGGCCAUCAAUUUCAAAACCAGAGGAAGUACUUGUUUUACUUGCGGCAUAUUUGGAAAAGCUGAGAAGUUCUACCUUCGUGCUUUGAGAUACUUGAUAACUAUCGAUCCAUUGGACAUGGAGGAAACAACUGAUGAAUCCACAGUCUUAAUCAAUACCUUGAAAUGUGCAUGUCUCUUGAAUAUUGCAGCUUGUAAACUCAAAAUGAAAUGCUAUGAACAUGCUGUUAUUCACUGUACAAAGGCCUUGGCACUAGACAGCAAUAAUGUGAAAGGUCUGUUUCGGCGAGGGAUGGCCUACAUGGAACUACAAGAAUAUGAGCAAUCUCAACAAGAUUUGGACCAUGCCUUGCAUUUACAACCAACGAGCAAACCAGUUAAAGUGCAGAGGCAGUUACUACACGAGAGAGUGAAAAAACUAGAUGCAAAAUAUGCCAAAGCUAUGAGCAAGAUGUUUGGCGGACAGUGAAUCAUUGUGGUCUAAAGUAUUGAGGCAAUACAGAACAAAUAUUAUCCUAAAUAUUAUCAAAUUUCAUGGCUCUGCUUAGCAUAUUAAGCAAAGCAGGGAAUUCUGUGCUUACUUCAAGUGUAUUUCACAGGGUUAGCAGGGUAUUCAGGUGCUCUUCUGCUAGGCCUCAUUUUUAACUACUAGGCAUUCUUCACUUACACUGCUAGCGCAGAAAAUCGGCGCUUGCACAGUAAGCGGAUUAGCGGAGAAUGGUCAGCGAAGAAAUUGGGCCUAGAUUAAUUGGCAAUUCUGAAUAAUUACAAUUUCUAUGUUUUGUAUGCAUACAUUGAUUACACUCCUAUGUACAUAUUCCCAAAACCAGAUCUGUAAAUGUUAAAUCUCAUAGCCAAUCAUAUAUAAUUAUACAAGCCUUUAAAAACUUAAUAAUGUAUAGUAGUUGCAAAAAUGUUGACAACAUAGACAGAAGAAAACUGGUUUGGGUGAAACCAAAGUCUUCUGGUAAAGAUAGUGGACAGAUAGAUAGUGCCAACUACAUGUACACAUGCCAAAAGCAUAAUUUUUGUGGUGUCAUGUACAUACAUGUGAACCUUUUAAAGCCGUGUUCGCAUUGGAUUAGGUAUCGGGUAAAUCUUACUUUCCUUCAAGGAUUACUUGAUGUCUAGGCAAACUAACCAAGAUGAAGGUGAAACAAAGCCAUAUUAUUUCUGGUGGAAAUAUUUACCAGGUGGAUUGAUGUAUUAUAGAAAGAUUAAAAUACAUGUAAUAAUUUGCUAGUUCUGUACUCUGGUUGGCUGAAACACGGUCACAAAUACAAUUUUUGACCCAGUACAACGUCCUCUCAUGAUGUGAACCAUGAACCGCAACUUAAAACUGAAGCCAGGGAAACUAAUGCGUUUAUUUCAUUGUUAAAUCGAUUUUGAUUUAAAAGCAGUGGACACUAUUGGUAAUUACUCAAAAUAAUGUUUAGCAUAAAAACUUACUAAGUAACAAGUAGG